CGCUGUGACGUCACACUCCGACAAUGAUGGCGGCUACGGGAGCUUCAGCCUCAGAUAUCAGACAGAAAGAGCAGCUGUCUAGAGCUCCUUUAGCCCUUUAAACCACUACUGCCAACGUCCCGCAGUACUUUACAAACACACGAGGGGAUAAUGAGGAACAUUCAGGUCUAUUGUUUGUAAAUGUAACUAUAUUUCCCCUGAAAAUGUGUGUUGCGGAGCGGCGAAAACAGACGUUAAUCUGAGGGCGCUUUUCAACUCGCGAUGAUUCACUGGUAAUUUUCCAGCAGCGCGACUCUCUCCUCAGACAAAACAUCUUGAAAUAUACAUAAAAAUGAAAUUUACCGAGCACCUGUCUGCCCACAUCACACCGGAGUGGAGGAAACAAUACAUUCAAUAUGAGGCUUUUAAAGAUAUGUUGUAUGCUGCCCAGGAUCAAGCCCCUUCAGUUGAUGUCACAGAUGAAGACACAGUCAAGAGAUACUAUGCCAAGUUUGAGGAAAAGUUCUUCCAAACAUGUGAAAAAGAGCUGGCCAAAAUCAACACUUUCUAUUCAGAGAAGCUUGCAGAAGCCCAGCGACGUUUUGCCACUCUACAGAAUGAGCUGCAGUCGUCUCUGGAUGCGCAACGGGAAAGCAGCCGAGCUACGGACCUACGGCGACGGCGCGCUGUCUUCCACCUCUCGCAUCAGGAGCGCAGUAAACAUCGCAAUAUCAAAGACCUGCAGCUGGCCUUCAGCGAGUUUUACCUCAGCCUCAUCCUGCUUCAGAACUAUCAGAAUCUUAACUUCACAGGCUUUCGUAAGAUUUUAAAGAAACAUGACAAAAUCUUUGAGACGGUGCGAGGGGCAGAUUGGCGUGUGGCCCACGUGGAAGUGGCUCCUUUUUACACAUGCAAGAAGAUCACUCAGCUCAUCUCUGAAACAGAGGCCCUUGUUACCACCGAGCUGGAAGGAGGAGACAGACAGAGAGCCAUGAAAAGGUUACGAGUGCCUCCACUGGGUGCAGCACAGCCCGCACCAUCAUGGACGACUUUCAGAGUUGGACUCUAUUGUGGAGUCUUUGUCGCUUUAAUCGUCACAGUCAUCAUCACAGGUGUUGUAAAGCUGGUAACAGGAGAAGAGAAGAAUGUGUGGCCUCUAGUAAGAAUUUAUCGUGGUGGUUUCCUGCUCAUCGAGUUCCUUUUCUUGUUGGGCAUCAACACGUAUGGCUGGAGGCAGGCUGGUGUGAACCACGUCUUAAUAUUCGAGCUCAACCCUCGGAAUAACCUGUCCCACCAACAUCUCUUUGAGAUUGCUGGUUUUCUCGGUGUUCUUUGGUGUGUCAGUAUUUUGUCCUGCCUCUUCGCUAAGGACAUAAAAAUCCCUAUACAAGCAAACCCUCUUGCACUCUAUGGAUUCUUCUUUUUAUUCCUCAUCAACCCUUUCAAAACCUGCUACUACAAAUCUCGCUUCUGGCUGCUCAAAUUGCUGUUUCGAGUGGUCACAGCUCCAUUCCACAGAGUUGGCUUUGCAGAUUUCUGGCUGGCUGACCAGUUGAACUCUCUAGUAGUGGUUUUAAUGGACCUAGAGUACAUGAUAUGCUUUUACGGCAUGGAGCUGAACUGGAAGACGACUUAUGGACAUAUAGAGUUAAAUGAUGGACGGAUUUGUCACUCGUAUUCAUACGGAGUACGAGCUGUAAUCCAGUGUUUGCCUGCCUGGUUCCGGUUUGUGCAGUGCCUGAGGCGUUAUCGGGACUCAAAGCGUGCCUUUCCUCACCUGGUCAACGCUGGCAAAUACUCCACUACUUUCUUCGUGGUCAUCUUUUCUGCUCUUUAUAAAACACACGAAGGAACAGAUGAAGGUCAAGUUUUCUUUUACAUUCUGAUUGCCUGCAAGAUAAUAAACUCCUGCUACACUUUAUUGUGGGACCUGAAGAUGGACUGGGGUCUGUUUGACCGUAAUGCAGGGGAGAACACACUCCUCAGAGAGGAGAUCGUAUAUCCACAGAAGGCUUACUACUACUGUGCCAUAAUAGAAGAUGUAAUCUUGCGCUUUGCAUGGACCAUUCCUCUUACUCUUGGGGUUUUUACUUCAUACCCGAAUACUUCAGAUAUUGUGGGCACUGUCCUUGCACCAUUAGAGGUCUUCAGGCGCUUUGUUUGGAACUUUUUCCGUCUGGAGAACGAACAUCUUAAUAACUGUGGUGAGUUCAGAGCGGUGCGGGACAUUUCAGUAGCACCUCUAAACGCAGAUGACCAAACGCUGCUGGAGCAGAUGAUGGACCAAGAGGAUGGUGUAAGGAACAGAUUCGGAAAGAAGAACUGGAAGAGGAGCUACAGCAUGUCCUUGAGAAGACCACGUCUCUCCUCACAGUCGAAGGUCCGAGACACCAAGGUCCUUAUAGAUGACACAGAUGAUGACACCUGACCCCUGCGUCCUCCAUGGCUUGAGAAAGUCUUUUAUAAAGGACCAUAGAACUCUGUGAGCCUCAACUCUUUAAAAGCUACCAGUCAAUCCAUCACAAAGCUGCCUGACUACACCGACACAUUUCACACCGAGACUAUACUGACUCGCACACGCAUACAAGCUCACGACAGGAGCGUCUGCCACUUAGUUACUGUAAUAGUUUUGAUUACUGCCUUGAUCACUUUUUGGAGGUCCAAUGUGUGGAAGAAACAAAAAAGGAUUUAAAGGACAGCGCAUAUAUAUGUAUGUCAGUUCAUAAACCACUUGAACUUCAAUCAUUGAAAUCAUACUGGCUGUGGAAACGAACACUUUAUUACCACACUCAUGCUCAAACAGUCAGUUUGAACAUGUCGUCUCCAAAGACUUUAAGGAUGGGGGGAUAAAGACAUUCAUGUAGCAGACACUUGUCUGGUUAGCAGACAUGGACUGGCUAACCCUCAUUCAAGAAAAAGCAAUUACUCCUUUUUUCCUUCUUUUUUUUUUUGAAUGUACAUUUCAUUGUUAUUUAUGUUAAGGAUAAAUGCCUUGAAAGUUGCUUUAAAUAAGGAGAUUUAACUGACUCUAGAUGUCUUCAGCUAGGAUGCUUUUGAAUAACCCUCAGGUGGCUCUGAAUGAACAAUACAGGCUUUUUAAUACACCAAUGUCAUUACUUGCAUUGCUUACAUGGUCUCAAAUGCCAAAUGUACCCAAUAUGUACCCCGUUUUUCUUUGAAGACAUUCUCUAGAUGUGUGUUUUAAAGCAUCAAUUCAAUGCAAUUUGAAAAACUGGUGCUAGGUGAGAAAAAACAUAUUUUGAUUUAGGCUCAUUUAAGAGCAAGCCAAAUAUCUAAAACAUUCCCUGAGAAAAGUGGUUCAUGUAUUGUUUUAUUGAUGCAUAGUGAUGUGCACACUGUCCUUUAUUAUUCCCUUGUCACAUUCCACUGAAGUAGCAUUCCAUGUCUGUGAUUUUAUUUUGUGUCUAACCUGUUUCUCGAAAGCCACCUGAGGGUUUCUAUUAAAGUGUCUUUGCACCUCAUUCAUAAAACAAGCGUAAGGACAAUUACUCGUAAAACCUCUCUUAGGUAAUUGUUGCAUUCAGGUUGAUGUGAUAAUUAAAGUAAGAAUGGUUUUAAGAAUAGUUGUGCCUUUUGAGAAUCGAGGUAGUUCUCAUAUUUAUAAAUGUGUACUUGUACCUCUGAAAGCCUAGACCAUCUGUGAACAAUACGACUUGUGUACAACAGGUACACAGAAUAUGGCUGAGAGUUGUUACAUUCUUUAUAUAAUCACACAUAGAUGAUCCAGGUAAACGUGGAGGCAUUGGAUUUACGUGUUAAAUCGGUCUGGGUGGUUAAUGGAAGCUUUGCUUCAUGGGAAAAUUCAUGGGAUCAACCAAGCUGCAAUACUCGACCCUCGCCAGCUCAUGUACCAUGUCAUGUACUACUGUCCCAAGUAAACAGUUGGACCAAAAAUAAAGGGUUUCUCUGUG